CAGUGUUUUACGGUACGAAUACGUGCACCCCGCACGUUCUCGUCGUACACAAAAUGUCAUUGAGCAGAGAAAUUCUCGGAUUUUUUCACAAACGGCUCUUCGCUAAAAUCGAUCAUUUUUUGAAGAAAAAGAACAUCAUCGCCACAAAUCACCCGAACGCAUCCAUCUACGGUACCGUCUCGCAGGAAAAGUCACACUGCUAGUACUAUACUACUGCGGACGGCAAAAGUGAGCAACAAAAUCUCCCCGCAGCACAACAGGAGGAGUUGCAGAAAAAGAGAAUUACCAUGAAGAUUUCCGCGUUAUCGUUGACCGUCGCUCUAGGGUUGUUUAUUCCAUCCGAAGGAGGGUCCUUUUCUCGUGAUGUCAUGGGACUGAGAAAACCAUCGUCUGUGGAACCAGGACUGGACGACAAACUUCGUGCCAAAGCUAUUCCACUAGAAGAGUAUAAGAAAAACGUUAAUGCCAAAGGAUACCAACUAGGGGGUGAUGAUGGCGCUCGUAAACUGGCAAACGAUGGCAACGAUCAAGUCUAUGAGAACGAAGACGAUUAUUAUGUCAACGAAUACAACAUGGUAGACUUUACCGGGUACUCUUUCAAAUACGCAAAGUGUCAGCCGGUGCAACGCUUUUCUCAAGAUGCCAUCGAGGCCGGAGAAUACAGCCCGAUGGUGAUAAACGAUAUUGUUGUGUUGAGGCUUUGUGAUUCCAUGUAUUGUUCGGAUAACAGAGCCUACGGUUGCARCAGCGACUUUGUUGAAUACGCGAUAGAAUUAACAGACUACGUUCGAAUCAUGCUCAGACACGAAAUGGAUAAGAAGGAGCAGCUUUGCAACUGGUGCGACUCUUGCCUCAACGGGAAGCAAGGCCGACGACGCGACUCAAUGCGCUACUACUACAGCUACGACGAAAACGGCAAUCUUGUUGUCAACGAGGAAUAUGUCGACGACGACGACUUUUGGUCAAACCUGGACUGCACGGAUUACCAGCAAUACUGUUACGACGACUAUGGAAACAGCGUAUGCGAGAACGAUGAUGACAAUUACAUGACUGCAGAGAAUUACUUGGACAUCAUCGACUGCUCCCAGGUGAACGGUGGUUACUUCCUCCGACCCCGGUGUGAUGCGUCUUCCAAUACCCUCUCUAUGGGAGUCUUCCAYGAUAAAUUCUGCACACACUACGCCGGAAACGAAGUCAGCAUUGAGUACUUUAACCUCGGAAUCAACCAAACGUACUUUGAUGAGUUUGGAGCAGAUGCCGGGUGUCAAGAUUGUUCCAUUAGCUACUACCCUCCGAACUUGAAAUCGAAUUCGAACCUGUGCAACCGACUGGACAUAGAGAGUGCGAGGUGCACUUCGGGUACGUCCAACGAGAUGCUGGUCCAGAACACUUCCUCGUCCUCCAAUGCGAUACAGUGUUCCUUCAUGGACGGUAUUCGAUACGGAACAUACGACGAAGAUGGCAACCUGUACGCCGGUAGCGUGUUCGGGAUGCGCAGGGUCACGACCGGCCAAAAAUUUCUCCUGGGAUUGUCCAUGCUGAUCUGUGGCGCGCUGGCGGUGUAUUCUUGCUACCUCCACCACGCCAUUACGAAUCUUCUGAUCAAGUCGCUGAGCCACACCGACUUGUUGCCGCCGACAAAAUACCGGCGUCGUUCCAACRGCAGCGGAAACAAGAAGAGGGGCGUGAGACGAUUCCGAAGACCGACGAAGGGCCGCGACGACAAGGACGAGGAGAAGCCGACGAUSAAGAGCAACGAGGCCACGAUCGCAUAAGCGAGCCGACCAACAGAGCCGCUGCCCCACCGGAAUAGAAUCUAUUCGAUUGAUUCGAUCCCGGUGCUCACGAAACGAAACGAAACGAAACGAAAACGAAAACACGAAGGGAAAGGAAACGAGACGAGACGAGACGAGUCGGUUCUGGGCAACGCUCGAUAGGAGAAGACAGCCGAGAUGAACAUCCGUGAAACGAAACGAGACUCUGCAAACCAAAACCUAUUGUCCGUGCCGGAAACGUCCCGGACCUGCUGGUUGGAAAAUUGCUUUGCUCGUCUUUGUGGUCUGUGCAAGACACCACCACGCGCUAUAUGUUGAUUAGAUUAUGUGAUUACAGUGUGUUGUAUAAGUACUAUCAAAAGUCAAACAGAACCCAAACGAAUCGUGGAGUACUAGUUUUUUGUCGCCAACUAUGGCAGGAAGCCACUCCUCGGCACUCUUAUAGUAGUAGUACUGCUAGUAGUAGCCAGCGGCUGGAUAUCGUCCUUUGAUGCACGUUCGCCCACAUUGUCACAACUGC